UUUUGCUAGUUCAGUGUUAUUCACUUAUUGUCCUCUCCAUGGCUAUAGUAUUGUGCUCUCUCUCUGUUAGUUCCAAACAGCAUCCUUAAAAAACAACCGGUUCUGGGUUGUUGCUAAUCCAUUCAGAUAGAAGCUACAAAUGGGUUUUGCCUCAAUGUCUGUAAUUGAACUUGUUUUGGUGCUUUCACUAAGCUUCUUUCAUGGUGGUGAGGGUGUUCUAUCUACACUUGAUGGACCUUUUAAGCCUGUCACGGUCCCUCUUGAUAACUCUUCUCGUGGGAAAGCGGUGGACUUGUCAGACACUGAUCCGGUUGUGCAAAGAGUUGUUGAAGGUUUCGAACCUGAGCAAAUUUCAUUGUCUCUCUCUGCAACCUAUGACUCUGUGUGGAUUUCUUGGAUCACAGGUGAAUUCCAUAUCGGGUACAACAUAACAUCAUUAGAUCCUAAAACUGUAGCAAGUGUUGUUCAAUAUGGAGUGUAUGGAUUGCCAAUAACUGAUGAAGCAACGGGUUAUUCGCUUGUUUAUAAUCAACUUUAUCCUUUUGAAGGCCUUCAGAACUACACUUCUGGAAUUAUCCACCAUGUUCGCCUCACAGGGCUGAUGCCCGACACACUAUAUCAGUAUCAAUGUGGAGAUCCAUCAAUAUCAGCAAUGAGUGAUAUAAAUUAUUUCAGGACAAUGCCUGUUUCUGGACCCCAUAGUUACCCUAGCAGAGUAGCAGUGGUGGGGGACCUUGGUCUCACAUUCAAUACCACAUCAACUGUGGACCACAUGAUCAGUAACCAUCCUGAUCUUGUUCUACUGGUUGGUGAUGUUAGUUAUGCUAACUUGUAUCUCACAAAUGGAACUGGGUCUGAUUGCUACUCUUGUUCAUUUUCACAAACUCCCAUUCAUGAAACUUAUCAGCCACGUUGGGAUUACUGGGGAAGGUACAUGCAGCCUCUUGUGUCUAAAGUUCCAAUAAUGGUGGUAGAAGGGAACCAUGAAAUUGAACAACAGGCUGAAAAUCAGACUUUUGUUGCUUACAGUUCUAGGUUUGCAUUCCCAUCUGAAGAGAGUGGAUCAUCAUCCACAUUCUACUAUUCUUUUAAUGCAGGUGGGAUACAUUUUAUCAUGCUUGGUGCCUACAUAUCUUAUAACAAACCAGAGGAUCAAUACAAGUGGUUGGAGAGAGACCUGGCUUCUGUUGACAGAGAAGUUACUCCAUGGUUGGUAGCUGCGUGGCAUCCACCUUGGUAUAGCACCUACAUGGCACAUUACAGAGAAGCAGAGUGUAUGAGGGUAGAGAUGGAAGACAUACUGUACAAGUAUGGUGUGGACAUUGUAUUCAAUGGACAUGUUCAUGCCUAUGAGAGGUCAAACCGAGUAUAUAACUACACUCUGGAUCCCUGUGGCCCCAUUCAUAUUGUAGUCGGUGAUGGAGGUAAUCGGGAGAAGAUGGCAAUUGCACAUGCUGAUGAAGCUGGGAACUGCCCAGAACCAUCUACAACACCAGAUAAAUAUAUGGGUGGGUUCUGUGCAUUCAAUUUCACGUCAGGCCCUGCAGAAGGUAAGUUCUGUUGGGACCAGCAGCCAGAUUAUAGUGCAUACAGAGAAAGUAGCUUUGGUCAUGGGAUUCUAGAGGUACAAAAUGAGACUCAUGCUUUGUGGACUUGGCACCGUAAUAAGGACAUGUACAACCUUGCUGGAGAUGAGAUAUACAUUGUAAGGCAGCCUGAUAGGUGCCCAGUUGAUUCGGGAGGUACUUGAAUUUAGGAAAUCUACUUAGAAGACGCUCAAAGCUGUACUAUAUUUUCUAUUUGACCUAUUAGAUGACAAACCUUUUAGAAGACGCUCAAAGCUCUACUAUAGUCUUUUGUCAUUUUUUGCUUUCAAAUUGUACAACAUAAAAGAAUUCGGCCUGAAUGUAUUUAUUUUCUUUUCU